UUCAGGCACUGGCACUGCUGGUGCUCCCUGAGGAGCGUUCGCUAAUUCCCAAGCCUGAAAGAGCGCACAAGCUACAGGCUUGGUUCUUGCACAGUCUCUGCAAUCUCCACACUCAUGGUGGCCUUGGGCCAUACUCUGCUAACCACAGCACAUCCCUACAAACACUGCACAGGGGGGGAGAACCCAGGCCAUGUUUUAUUCAAGAGAAGCUGUGUAUGGAAUAUUUGCUCAGCUUCAAAAUUCAGAAAUAUGCAGACAGAUUUCUAUACCUGUGACAGAAAAUCUAGGUCUUCCAGACACAACUUUGCCUUCUGCUUGCAGCCCAAAUGCUUAUUUUGGGGGCAGGGGAAUGAUAUGAAAAGCCCAAGCACUUGGGAGAGCUGCCCUGUGAAACACAGAAAGGAAAUAUGUAUCUGGGUCACUCAAACCAAAGAAGGAGGAGUCCCAUUAGAGCUGUCUUCAGAAAGUCUCCACCUGGGCACAACAUAGGAGCUGCGAAGUAGCUGUCACUGCCAAAAGCAUUUCCAGCUCCAUGCCUAGUAUGUGAAGUUUAUUCUAAGAGCAGGUACCAAAAGAGCUGAGAGCAGGAGAGGGAUACAAAUCUGCAUGUCAGUAGUGGGGGAGCAACAUCUUGGCUUGUCCAGACCACAGGUUUGGAGCUGAAGCCCCACUGGUGGAAAGAACAUCACACCCCUCCUGCCGUCAGCUGGACCAGCUGGGAGGCAGAGAUCCUGGCUCCAUUCUCCCACAGAGGAGAAAGCUGGGGACAGAUGCCAUCCUCUUCUCUCCCCUAAACCUCACCGCCAGCAUCAUCAGUCCAAGGCAGCAUCUGAACAUGGGCUGUGGUUUCAUUUCAAGGACAGAAUGGGGAAGCAGGACACCUCUUGCCCCCAACCAAGACUACCUGUCCUUCAGGCAGCAGUGUCCAGAGGAAUCUGCAACAAAGGAUGUGGGUCACAAAGCUGGGAACAGGGCUCUGUGUCUCCAGUGAUCCAGUGGGCCCACUAGCCAAACUUACAGGCUAGGCAAUAUUUCUCCAGUCUCUCACAUCUUUCCCUGUCUUAUGCCAGGCUCCUGCGUCUCACAACAACACAGAAUGACAGAGCACGAGGACUUCAUGAACUUGGCUGGGUACUGGAACUCCUCUGACAAUUACCAGUUCAGCCCUGCCAGGGUUAUUGUCCCUGUGGUCUUCUCCCUCAUCUUCCUCCUGGGCACAGUGGGCAAUAGCCUGGUGUUGGCUGUGCUGCUGCGCAAUGGGCAGAGGGGCCACAAUACUACCAACCUCUUCAUCCUCAACCUCAGCCUGGCCGACUUCUUCUUCAUCGUCUUCUGCGUGCCCUUCCAGGCCACCAUCUACUCCCUUGAGGGAUGGAUCUUUGGCUCCUUCAUCUGCAAGGCUGUCCAUUUCUUCAUCUACCUCACCAUGUAUGCUAGCAGCUUUACUCUGGCUGCUGUCUCUGUGGACAGAUACCUGGCUAUCCGUUAUCCGCUGCGCUCCCGGGAGCUGCGGACCCCCCACAGUGCUGUGGCAGCCAUGGCUGUGAUCUGGGGCCUCUCUGUGGUCUUUGCUGGGCCCUACCUAAGCUACUACGUCCUGAUUGAGUGGGAGUCCAGCUACAUUUGCAUGCCUGGCUGGGAGGAGUGGAGACGCAAGGUCAUGGACACCAGCACGUUUGCCUUCGGCUACAUCAUCCCAGUGCUCAUCAUCAGCCUCUCCUACACCAGAACCAUCAAGUACCUGUGGACAGCAGUGGACCCUCUGGAGGACAUAUCAGAGUCCAGGAAGGCCAAGUGGAAGGUAACCAAGAUGGUCAUCAUUGUAACCAUCCUUUUCUGCCUGUGCUGGCUGCCCUACCACGUAGUCAUCCUCCGAUACCUCUAUGGAGACUUCCCCUUCAACCAGGCCACCUAUGCCUUCCGCCUGCUCUCCCACUGCAUGGCCUAUGCCAACUCCUGCCUCAACCCCAUCGUCUAUGCCCUAGUCUCCAAGCACUUCCGCAAGGGCUUCAAGAAGGUUUUCAGCUGUCUCUUGAGAAAAAAGCACCACAAUAAGGUACGUGUGGUGCAUGUUGCCCACAUUGUGCCUGGAUUUGGGGCAGCUUCCACUGAAGUGUCCCAGACGCAGAAGGAGAUUAAUAGGCAUGAGAUGGACCCAGCUUCCGUGGCAGUCCCUUCUGGUUCCUCCAAGCCCCUUCAUAUUUCUUAGCGGCCAAACUCCAUUUGCCAGCUCAGCUCUGUCACCAACUUCAAGCCACUCUUUCCCACUGGGUGAGAGGGGAUGCUGGAAAGGCAAGCCAGAAACUGCUGAACACUGCUUCUGCCCUUGUCGUUCCUUCCCAUUCGAUGCACCAACAGUUCUCUUGAGCCAUCUCCCCACCAGAUGCUGAAUGCGAGGAAGGGAAUUGACCCAGGCUCACCCUGAUCCUCAAACCGCCUGGAUUCCAAGGAUUAAAGUUCCAGCUCCUGUCUGGGCUCUCAUCCAGCAGAAUUCCACU